AUGCACGCCCCGCCCGUGCCCAAGCUGGAGCGCGUCGACAACGUGCUCCUCCAGCUCCGCACCGAUGCCUCCUGCCUCCGCGGCCACCUAAUCCUCACCUCGCACCACCUCACCUUCCACCCUGCGCCGACCGUAUCGACCGCCGCGCCCCCGCCUCCACCAACACCGCCGCCCGCCCACCCCAUCCCGCACGCGCUCAUCGCCCGCGCGACCAGGCUGCCCUCGCUGCGACCGCUCUCGCCAAACGGCUCGCCCGGCUCGCGCAUCUACCCGAUCGCAUUCCACACCAAGGACUUUGACGCCUGCGCGCUCGGCUUCGCCACCGAGGCCGCCCAGGCCGACGUGUUUGAGAGCGUGAGGCACUGCGCCGUCCUGGUCGACGCCUCCCAGCUGUUUGCGUUCUACUACCAGCCGCGCCCGCCGCCGUCGCCGCCACAACCACCAGCGAAGGCGCCUCUAGCGGCCCAGGGGUGGUCGAUCUACGAUGCCAAGCGCGAGUUCGCCCGGCAGGGCCUCGGCAGCCGCACAAAGGCGUGGCGGCUCACCGACAUCAACGCCCAGUACGACUUCUGCCCGUCGUACCCGGCCCUCAUGGCCGUGCCCUCGCGGAUCAGCGACGCCACGCUCGGGUACGCCUCAAAGUACCGCAGCAAGGCGCGCAUCCCCGCCCUCUCGUACCUUCACUGGGCCAACCACGGCUCCAUCACCCGCUCCAGCCAGCCCAUGGUGGGGCUCAAAAACGCCCGCUCCAUCCAGGACGAGAAGCUCAUCGAGGCCAUCUUUACCUCGCACCACUUUGCCGAUCCGGACUCGAUGGCCGCCAAGGCCGCCGCAGAGGCCACGGCCAACGCCGGCGCCAGCGGCGGCGUGUCGACGCUGGCCGUCUACGGCGCCACCUCGACCAACCUCAUCGUCGACGCCCGCCCCACCACCAACGCCAUGGCCAACGUCGCCCGCGGCGCCGGCACCGAAAACAUGGAGUACUACAAGGGAUGCAAGAAGACCUACCUCGGCAUCGACAACAUCCACGUCAUGCGCGACAGCCUCAACCGCCUCACCGACGCCCUGCGCGAGAGCGAGCCGCCAGCGACGUUUGGCCUGCCCGUCGAGGCGGCCACCUCGGGCGAGGGAGGCUCCGAAGCGGCUGCCGCUGCUGCGACGUCGGCGGCAUCCCCGCUGCCAAUCGACCCGCACGCGCUGCGUCGCUCCAGCUGGCUCAAGCACAUCUCGGCGCUGCUCGAGGGCACCAUGACCAUCGCCCGCAACGUCCACAUCAACAGCUCCCACGUCCUCGUCCACUGCUCCGACGGCUGGGACCGCACCUCGCAGCUGGCCGCGCUGGCCGAGCUCUGCCUCGACCCCUACUACCGCACUUUUGACGGAUUCGCCGUGCUCGUCGAAAAGGACUGGCUCAGCUUCGGCCAUCGCUUUGCCGAGCGCGGAGGCUACAAGUCCAACGACAAGUUCUUUGUCACCUCGUCCCGCCCGGCGAGCGCACUCGACGACGACGAGCGCCCCGCUUCCGACGGCGGCAGCGACACCGAGGGCGACCGAGCAGCGGGCGGGAAUGGAGCGGGAGCGGGGGCAACCACGACGGCGGGGGCAGGAGCGGGCCAGGGCGGAGGCGGAGGCGGAGGCGGAGGGGGCUUCGACGGCCAGGCGGCGGCCAACGCCUUCUGGGGCUUUACCAAGCAGCUGACGGCCAACUUUUCCGCCGCCACGUCUUCGUCGUCGGCGCAGCAGUCGGGCCCGCACCGCGGCUCGCACAUCAAGGAGACGUCGCCCGUCUUUCACCAGUUCCUCGACUGCAUCUGGCAGAUUAUGCGGCAGUGCCCGAAGCGCUUCGAGUUUGGCCAAGACUUCCUCGUCGAGGUGCUGCGCGCGUCGCAGGAGUGCCAGUACGGCACGUUCCUGAUGGACUGCGAGCGCGAGCGGCUGGCGCCCCGGGACGACGAGGGCCGCGCGCUGCCGCCGCUGCCGAGCCGGACCGUGUCCGCCUGGGACCACCUGCUGAGCGAGUCGAGCCGGCAGCGGUUCCGCAACCCGCAGUACGAGCCCGAGCUCGACGAGCGCGAUCCCAAGCGCACCGGCACCGGCACCGACAUGGGCGUCCUUUUUGUCGACCCGCGCGACGUGCGCUACUUUGAGCGGCUGUUCAAGCGCGACGGGCAGGAGAUGAACGCGGCGCUCGAGAGAGAGGCCGACGAGAGGCGGCGCGCCAGGGAGCGGCUGGAGCGGGCGGUGCGCGGCGAGAGCGUCACGACGCCGCCGGUCCUCGCCGAGGGCGACGCCAACGGCAACGGCGGUGGAGCAGGAACUGCGACGGUGGCCGUCGUCGGGCCGGGCGUCGUAUAA